UAAGUAUGAAAUAGAUGAAUAUACCCUCAUAUCGUUUUCUAAGGUGUACGACAUCUAUAGGGCAUUUGCAUAACUAAUCAUCAUAAACAUUGGGAGCCAUUUUGUUACUCAGAGAAGCCAAGUGAGGUGUCUGAGUUUAACGGAGAUAAUUGGGAAAUAAUUGGACUAGAAAUGGAUGGUAAUGAAUUGCAUGUAAAAAGAAGAAUUCAAGAUGUAUCGAAGAUGCAAUAAAGUACCACAAAAAGAUCCCAAGCGUUUCCAGUGAAACCCACCGGUUCUUGGCUCUCUGCAUCAGUUAAACUCAUACACCUGUAUGAAGAGAAGAGGUAGAUUUACUGAGCUCAGUUAAACUCAGUUAAACAUAUCCUCAUGAGUUCAGGUAAACUCAUACACUUGUAUGCAGUUGAAAUUAGUUGGGUUCAGUUAAACUCAGCCCACAACAGAUGGAUACACUGAGUUACAGUUAAACUCAUCGCAUCAGUUAAACUCAAGACCUUCUGCAUGCAGUUAAACAUGCAAAAGUAAAAGAUCAGUCCAGAACUACAGUUAAACUCACAUCCUCAUGAGUUCAGAUUCAAGACCUCCUGUAAGCAGCAGUUACAUACUUCAGUGGGGAUGCUCGUGAGAGGAUUCACAUCUAUCAACCCAUCUUGCAAGAUAAUUCAAGGUCAAGAAGGAUAGAAGAACGGUGUGAAUGUUCGUGGGAAUCCAAAGGCAAGAGGAUAACCUAUAAAUUACUGGAAGAUUUCUGCUCUUUAAAGAAGCUCUUCAUUUCUACAGGUCCCAAAGGCUAGUGAACUUUUAACUAAUAGGUAUAGAUUGUGUGUUUUAAGUUCCAUAUAGGUCAGUAGACAAAUAGUAGUUGUAAUAAUGAGUGCUACUGAAGAAGCUGUAGGUGACCAACCUCAGGUAACUGGGGCCAGUGAGGUAAUGAAAGGUGCUAGGAAAAAGGUUUUAACAGAAAAAGGGCGUGAGUAUCAAACAACACAGUAUAUAAAGAGGUUAUCAUCUGCUAAGCUAGCAUGGAAAAAGGUAUUAUCAGAGAUAUUACCAAGUCUUGAUAGUGUAGUAUGCUUGGAUCAACUUAAUGUUCAUAGAAAGGCAGAAGAGUCACAGUUUAAAGAAGUUGUAAAUGCCUUUAACUUGUUAAUGGAAGUAGAUCCAAGUUCUGAGGAUGAAUUGUUACAAGAGUUAAAGUUUGAGACUGAGGAGCACAAUAAGUGUAUGCAAAAAAUUGAGAGUAAAAUGCAUGAGUUAAAACAAGAAACAAAUUCAGUAAAUUCACAACAAAGUAGAUCAUCAAAGCACUCCCAUUCAACAAAGAGAUCUAUGCAUAAUGUUACACAGAAUGAAAGAAUACAAGCAGAAUUAGCUAAGCUACAAAUUGAGCUUCAGCUUCAUAAAAAGGAAACAGAGUAUAAGAUGUUCGUGAUAAAUCAACAGAGGAUCAUGAAAGAAAAAGAAUAUGAGUACAAAAAGUUUCUUUUUAUGAGAAAUAGGUUUCCAUCUCAAAAAGAAGUAGAGAAAGCCAGUCUAGAAGAAAAUCAGCUAGAAUUGUCUCAAAGUAAAGAUCUAGAUGAUAGUAAAGAACUUCAUCUUCACAAAUAUUUUGAAUCUAUUGAUAAAUUGACAGAGGUUGAAAAAGUAAAUCCUACUUUACCAAAACAAGAAAUAGCUGCUAAUGAUGUAUCAGGUAUGGGUGAAUUAGAGAUAGAGGUGUCUAAAUUAGAGAAUACCUUCUUAAAAGCAAGUCCAGAGCUUAAGCUACAAACAAAGAGUUUUGAGCCAAAAAGAGAGUUUCAAGAUUUGAAUGCAUCAUUUGGGCAAGGUAGAUCAAGUCAACCUAUAGACCUUAAUGUACUCAAAGAUGUAUUAAAUAUUUUAUCAUCUAAAAGUAAAAGUGAAUUGCCUAAACUAGAACCAGAAAUUUUCAGUGGAGAUUUAUUGGAGUUUCCAACCUGGCUUCAAACCUUUGAGAUUUUUAUAGAAUCAAGAGUUACAGAACCUGCAGAGAAACUUUUCUAUCUAGGUCACUAUACAAGUGGGGAAGCUAAGGCUGCCAUUAAAGGACUUCUUCGUAUCCCCAAAGAAGAAGCUUAUCUUGAGGCUAAAAGUAUAUUAAUGGAUAGGUUUGGAAAUAAGUUUAUUGUGGCAAAUGCUUUUAGAAGUAAAUUAAAUGAAUGGCCAAAGAUUUCAAAUAAGGAUGGUCAUGCACUACAGGAAUUGUCAGACUUCUUAAAGAAUUGCUUAACAGUAAUGAGAACAACAGACUACCUUAAUAUUUUAAAUGAUCCUCAAGAAAAUGGUAAAAUGUUACAGAAGUUAUACCCAGCUCUUAUAGAUAGAUGGAAUUCUGUAGUUUACAAAUGGUCCUCAAGUGAUGCAGGUUACCCUCCAUUUUCAGUUUUUUGUGAAUUUAUAGAAGUGGAGGCAAAGAAAGCUCGCCAUCCAAUCUCAUCACAAAAUGCAGUAAUGACAAGGAAUCAGAGUCAUAAUAUCAAUGUUUCAAUGAGUAGUAAGAAGGGUAAACCAGAAUUAAACAAGUCUGGGACAAAAAGGUUUGUGACUAACUCAACAGGUGUAAAAGAAACAAAGGUACAUAGAGAUGACAGGGGACAAAGUCCAGACAAACCAUAUUGUAAUUUUUGCAAGGCUGAUCAUGAACUUGAUAAAUGUAAAGGGUUUAAUGGACUUGAUAAUAAGGCAAAAUUUGAAUAUGUCCAAAAAUCAUUUCUUUGUAGGGGUUGUUUAAAACAUGGCCAUAUUGUUAAAAACUGCAAAAGAAAGAAUAUGUUCAAUUGCUUCAGUGCAGGAAGAAGUGGCCUUCAGUUACCAAAAAUGUUAAAGUAAAUGAUAUUGUCAUUGUAAAGGAACAAAAUUUACCAAGGAACUCUUGGAAACUUGGUUGUGUAUCUGAGGUUAUACCAAGCAAAGAUGGUCUUGUAAGAAAGGCAAGGAUAACAAUGGCUGAUUCCUCACUUGACGCUUUUGGAAGACGAACGAAAGCAGUCGUUAACCUUGAAAGACCAAUCCACAAACUCAUAUUGUUAGUUGAAUCAUAGUGGAAGUGGGGUGUCCCCGCCAAAGAGCCUAUUCAAAUAUCAAAAUUGUAUUGUUCCUCAGUAGUAUAGAUAUUGAUUCCACAUUUUGCUCAUAUAAGUACAAUGUAAUUAGAGUUUAAGGUAAAUUGUUCAUACAAUUUAGGGGAGCCAUGUUACUGCAGGGACAAAAUGUAUACUUAGUUAUAAACAAUCAGUUCCUAUGCUUUGUGAUAUUACUAACAUUAGGUUAAGUAUGAAAUAGAUGAGUAUACCCUCAUAUCGUUUUCUAAGGUGUACGACAUCUAUAGGGCAUUUGCAUAACUAAUCAUCAUAAACAUUGGGAGCCAUUUUGUUACUCAGAGAAGCCAAGUGAGGUGUCUGAGGUAAUAUAUCUGCUUAUAUCUUUGUAAUCUUGUGAUAUAUUUUUAUAUUAGUAUAAGUAAAUGAUCUAUUGUUAUAUAAAGACCUAAUUGAAGGAGAAUGUAAUAUGAAUAUUGAGCUAUAUUGUGUGAAAUAAGAGUUUUAUGUCAAGCAUGUAUUAGUGGAAGAUUUGUUCAUUUCAGUUUAACGGAGAUAAUUGGGAAAUAAUUGGACUAGAAAUGGAUGGUAAUGAAUUGCAUGUAAAAAGAAGAAUUCAAGAUGUAUCGAAGAUGCAAUAAAGUACCACAAAAAGA